UUUAAUUUAUCUUUCCUACAUGAUAUUGGGGAGACCCGUUGUGUGCUUGCUGACAUUACACUCAAGUGAGCAACUGGUAGCCUUUUUCACAAUCGUUGAGGAACCCUUUUGUUGAAGCUGCGAUGGGAAACUCGCAGAUGAAAAAGCGUGACAGUGAAUUUUCAGGAAAUGUUGAUUCACCAAGAAUCACAUCCACCUUAAACAGAUCCCUCUCACCACACUCGGACUCACCUCGAUCUAAACAGUUCUCUUCAACAAGUUCAGGGAAACUCUCUACUAAGGACAAAUAUGCUUUCAUUCCUGAUAAUUUCACUACUCUUCAACAGGUUACAAGUGCCUUGAGGAAAGAAGGUUUAGAAUCCUCAAAUCUUAUCCUUGGAAUCGACUUUACGAAAAGUAAUGAAUGGACUGGAAGAAACUCAUUCAAUAAUAGAAGCCUGCAUGCUAUUGGAGAUACGCCUAACCCUUACGAGAAAGCCAUUUCUAUUAUUGGCAAGACUUUGGCUCCUUUUGAUGACGACAACUUGAUUCCUUGUUUUGGCUUUGGUGAUGCUACGACUCAUGAUCACGAAGUGUUUAACUUUCAUGCUGAUAACACAUCUUGCCAUGGAUUUGAGGAAGUUUUGGCUUGCUAUCAAAAAGUCGUUCCAAACUUGAGUCUUUCGGGACCAACUUCAUAUGCUCCGGUGAUUGAGGCUGCAAUAGACAUUGUCGAGAAAACUCAUGGCCAAUUCCAUGUUUUAGUUAUUGUUGCAGAUGGCCAGGUUACAACAAAUGGAAACAAUGAUGGAAAAUUAAGUCCUCAAGAAGAGAAGACAAUAAAGGCAAUCGCUGAUGCAAGUUCAUAUCCUCUUUCUAUUGUUCUGGUUGGAGUUGGUGAUGGACCUUGGGAAGAUAUGAAAAAGUUUGAUGACAAAUUACCUGCACGUGAUUUUGACAAUUUUCAGUUUGUUAACUUCACAGACAUUAUGUCUAAAAAAAUUAGCACGUCUGCGAAAGAAGCUGCGUUUGCUCUGGCUGCACUUAUGGAGAUACCUUUCCAAUAUAAAGCAACCCUUGAGCUUGGAUUACUAGGUCGUGCAACAGGAAGGGCAAAGAAAAUGGUUCCAAGACCUCCUCCGGCUCCUUAUUCAAGACCAAUGCCACCAGAACAUUUUCUGAGGAACAUGUCAACAUCAUCAAUCGAUGACGAGCAAAACCAAAUGGUAUGUGCUAUAUGUCUGACCAAUAGAAAGGAUUUGGCCUUUGGAUGUGGUCAUAUGACCUGCAGAGAUUGUGGUUCCAGAUUAAGCAAUUGUCAUAUAUGCCGCCAGAGGAUCACCAAUCGUCUAAGAGUGUAUACUGGAUGAUUGCUGAACGAAAACGAAAAAACAUGUACAUUAAUUAAUUGUAUCAUGUUUGUGUGUGAUGGUGUGUGUUUGUUUUUAAGAAUGGUAAAAAAUGGCCAUGCUCUUGCAUAAAAUGAUAGUAGCUUGCAUUUGUAGGAAUGGUUUAGGAGUGUAGAAAAUAACUGGAAUUUGAAAAAAUUUCAUAUUAAUUGCUAGCUGUAAAAUAUUGUACAUACUGUUAGAUGAGCUUCUUAUGUUGUAUUUAUUCUCUGUUCAUUAAAUUCUCAGUUCAUAUUUAA